AGGCAGGGUCCUGUCUACACAUUGGACUGAGUCAGUGUUAGGAGGACAUUCAGUCAUGUCUGAGGUGCGGGGUGGUGUUCUGCUGCUGCUGUUGGGCCUUCUGUACCUCGGGACACUUUGGCCGGUCCAGGGAGCCCUGCUGGUCUCUCGCUACGAUGCUACGACGAAGGAGACAAGAGGUGCCAUCAGGUCCAUUCAGAAAAGAAGUGUAGACGAUGCAAAGAUGGUGGAGGUGCUCAGUGUCACGGUACACUGUACGGUGGCUUCUCGGUUCGCUCACACAGUCAUGACCUCCAGUGCUUUGAACAAAGCCAACUCCUCCCAGGAAAUAUUCUUCGAGGUGGACCUGCCCAAGACGGCCUUCAUCACCAACUUCAGCAUGGAGAUUGAGGGUCAGAUCUAUGUUGGGGUUGUGAAUGAAAAGGAGAAAGCCAAGAGACAGUAUGAGAAGGCUGUUUCAAGUGGACGGACAGCUGGACUGGUCAAAGCUUCUGGAAGGAAAAUGGAGAAGUUCUUUUUGUCUGUCAACAUUGCAGCCAAGAGCAAUGUGACCUUCAUCCUGACCUAUGAGGAGCUUCUUCAGAGGAAAUUUGGCAAGUAUGAGAUCCUGACCCGAAUAAACCCUAAACAGCUGGUCGAGAACUUUCAGAUUGUGGCUGAUAUCUAUGAGCCCCAGGGCAUUGCCUUUGUGGAUGCCCAUGCAACCUUCCUCUCCAAUGAACUUCUCCCCCUGGUGGAGAAAACGGUCACAGACAACAAGGCACACAUCUCCUUCUCGCCCACGCUGGAUCAGCAGAGGAAGUGUCCAGAGUGUGAUGGGUCUCUGAUCAAUGGGGAUUUCAUCAUCAAGUAUGACGUGAAACGAGCGUCAAGCCUAGGAGACAUUCAGAUCGUGAACGGAUACUUUGUGCAUUUCUUUGCUCCUCCGGAUCUCCCCCACCUCCCAAAGAAUGUGGUGUUUGUCAUCGACAGGAGUGGGUCAAUGUCAGGCACCAAGAUGAAACAGACCCGCGUGGCAAUGGAAUCAAUUCUCUCAGACGUCCAUCCAGAGGACUACUUUGGUAUCAUCUUAUUUGAUGGCAUAAUUGAUCUCUGGAAAGAAUCCCUUACCAAAGCAACAGAGGAAAACGUGGAUGAAGCCAUUAAAUUUGUCCGGCAAAUAUCUUCUAGGGGAUCCACUAACAUCAAUGAUUCCGUAAUGAAGGCCAUCCACAUGCUGCAAGAUGACAGAAGGAACAAGAAGCUCCCAGAGAGAAGUGUGGACAUGAUCAUUUUACUAACCGAUGGAAUGCCAAAUACGGGUGAAAGCAACCUUCAAAGGAUCCAGCAGAACGUGUGUGAAGCCAUCGGUGGUAAUAUGACUCUGUUCUGCCUGGGCUUUGGGGAGUAUGUGGAUUACUCCUUCCUGGACGUGAUGGCCAAACAGAACAAUGGCGUGGCCCGCAGGAUCUACGAAGCCUCCGACGCUACCCUUCAGCUGCAGGGUUUCUACGAUGAGGUGGCUAGCCCGCUGUUGUCGGCAGUGGACCUGCGUUACCCUGACAACGCGGUGGAUUCCUUAACCCCUCAUCACUUCAGUCAGUUGUUCAAUGGCUCAGAGAUCGUGGUGGCCGGGCGGCUGUCUGAAAACGACAUGGACAACUUCCUGGUGGAAGUGUUUGCCAAUGGGUUCGAGCAGGACUUCCAGGUGCAGGGCGAGGCUAGUGUCACCGACUGGGACGUGAUCUACCCAGAGAAGGAUUACAUCUUUGGGGACUUCACUGAGCGCCUGUGGGCCUACCUCACCAUCCAACAACUACUGGAGACCAGUAAGAGUGGGCCAGCAGAGAAGAAGAGCAACGCCACGGCCAAAGCCCUGGAGAUGUCCCUGAAGUACAGCUUCGUCACGCCCCUCACCUCCAUGGUGGUCACCAAGGCAGAGACCGAGGAUGGUCCCAGCGGGCCCCUCAUAGCAGACAAGCUGACUGAGGAACAACGGCAGCAGACUGACAAACAGAGUGCAACAUAUCUGCACUCAGCCCCUCAAACUAGAAGCUACAUGAUAACUGCUGUUGCUCAUCAUCCUACAUACUUUGUGGAUGGAGAUCCUCAUUUCAUGAUCGAACUGCCAGAGAAAGAGGACGCUCUGUGCUUCAACAUCAAUGACUCACCUGGAACCAUCUUUAACCUGGUCAAAGACCCCUCCAUAGGACUUUUGGUCAAUGGUCAGACCAUUGGGGAUAAGAUGGUUGCCCCUGAUGGUAAAGUCAACACCUACUUUGGCCGCCUUGGUGUUGUCCAUCACACCCUGGGGGUGAGGCUGGAGGUGACCACUGAGUACAUCACUCUGUCCCAGGAUGGACAAAAGGUCAAGCUGCUGUGGUCAGAUCAAGCUUCCCUAAAAGGACCCAGUGUGGAUCUGCUUUUGACCAAGGACCGGAGCGUCAAGGUGACUUUAAGAGAUUCUGUAAAGUUUGUGAUCCUGCUCCACAAAGUGUGGAAGAUGCACCCCUACCACCAGGACUACCUGGGAUUCUACACUCUGGACAGCCACCUUCUCUCUCCAUCCGUCCAUGGUCUGCUAGGUCAGUUCUACCAUGGGAUUGAGUUUGAAGUUGGAGAUCUACGUCCAGGAGAGGUUCCUGAGAAACCAGACGCCACCAUGUAUGUCAAAGGACAUCAGCUCAAUGUGACCAGAGGUUGGCAACGGGACUUCAGGAAGGAUUUGAAGAAAGGAGAAAAUGUGCCAUGCUGGUUCAUCCACAGUAAUGGGACAGGGCUCAUUGAUGGCAGUGCUGAAGAUUACAUCGUGUCAGGCCUCUUUAACACUGUUUGACAAGUAAAAGACAAGGUCACCCAUACUGUAGCAGCUACCAACCUGCAGCAAUUUUAACCCCACACCAUGGCUGUUUCCCAAAGUGAAGGCUGCAGCCUUGCUAGGACGCGUCCUUGCUAGUCGCGUCCUAUGGAGAUGAGACUAGAGUGCUAGCUCGAGUGCUUCCUAGCGUUUGUAACGUUCAGACUUUGGAACGACUUGGUAGUGUGGAAGCGCUUCCGCUUCCGCUUUUUAAUACUGCGUGUCCGCUUGUAAACACAUGUGCGCUUAUGAAUAAAACAUGGCAGAAAUCAAGCUGAUAGAUAUUUAUUUGACUUUUGUCUGUUAUGAAUGCGGUCAUGUCUCCUUCGCAUGGAGCCUCUUUGGGGAAGUCACAAAAGCUUUGUUGCGGUUGAUAGAAUCGUCUUUAUUAAAAGGAAUAUCCAUUCAAUUUUUAUAAAACUAAGUGAAAUUGUCUGAGAACUUAAUCCAUGCAUCACAUUUACAGUACGUUUGAUUACUAUUAUGCAGGGGGGGAAAGACAAAGAAAGAGAUGAUAAACAUGUAUUUAUUUGGAUAUAUUAUUUAACUGAUCUGAUUCAUUCAUUCAUAUAUGCCUACAAUCUACCAGUGGUUUGAACACAUAAGUAUAUCAUAUAAAAUACAAUUAUAUACGUUCAUUCAAAAUUACAAACAUUGCAAAUUAUCGGUUGUGCAUUAAUUUUACAACAUUGGAUAGUGGCACUAUCCCUUCCACCGGUAAACAAAUGUUUGCGCGCCACCCGGCGCAUAAAAGCCUCCGUUUGCUGGGCUGACCCUAAAAAAAAAGAUUCAACACAAACAUAAAUAGGUAUACAUAAGUAAUGUAAUCUUGUGAGCGAGUAAAUUGACAUUGGUGACAGUGGUGUUUUACACCAGCUACGUCCAUGCAAAAUAUAGCAACGUAUCAUUAAGAUGCAAAAACGUUUGAAAAGUGGCACAGGUCUUUAGGCUUGAUUAUUUGCAUUAACAUGAUGAAUCUAUAAAAAGCAAUAUGGCACAAAAUAUUUCUGAAAACUAAUAUAACUUCACUUCAUUUGAACGUGUACUGCGCUGCCAUUUUCAAGAACCCGCCCAGUGAACGCAGAGGAUUGUGGGUCGUUUUGGCUCGUCUAGGAUGCAGCGAUGCAUCCUUGAAAAAUCUUUUUGAAUUCUCAAAAACAAAGGACGCAAAAAUGGCGCGGCUUUCGAGUGUCCUCAACAUUGGAACAGUGCUUGUCGGCGUUCUAUGACGUAGCGUCCUUAAAAGGGCGGCCGUUGAGCAUGCUUCCUUGACAUUGGGAAACAGCCCAUGUCAGUGUCGUAAUAUUAAUUUGUCAAAGAAUGAGACCCUUGAUGGGAAUUCCAAUGCUAUCAAAUUUAAAAAGAUAUUUUUUUAAAUUAUUAAAAAAAAAAUAAUAAUUUCAACCCAAAAAAAAGGGCCUUGAGCUGAGUUGUUGUGUGUCAAUGUGCAUUGACACAUUAUUGCCGCCAAUAAUUUGGGUGUGGAAUUGCAUCUGUGAUCGUUGAAUUCUCCGGUAGUUCAGCUCGUCAAUUGAUUGACGGAACAGGGGCACCUCAGGGGCCAAUCAGAGUCCAGCAGGGGCCAGGGUCCCUGUGGCCCCACCCCUAGAACCGCCACUGCCCCCGGCCGCCCCCUGGCGUUGCUAGGUUACCAGCUCACUUCUGCAAAAAUAUCUAGGGGACACACUGAAACAACAAAUCAAUUUGGUGACUGUUACAACACAGGGGAACUGGUGCUACAUAUUAACUAGUUUAACAAACUUAUACGGCAGCCAAAGAUUGGCUAGAAUUCAGUCUGCAGAACACAGUGAAGUUAAGUUAAGUGUGAUAACAUGGCACCCAGAUUAUGGUUUUGUUUAAAGUAUACUUGCUUGACUAUAAGGUGCACAUCUAUUUACUUUACUGAGGUUUUCUUUCUUUUUUUAGAGUCAGGCGGUUAGCCCAUAUCUGGUUUGGAGCAAGUCACAGAUGUGUAUGUAGGCCUUUGACUUUCUCAACCCCUGGCCUCUCUGGCCAGUCCAGGGAGCCCUGCUGGACAAAUAUGAAAAUACAAAUUCCCCAGCAUUAAGAUAUACGUUUUGAAUCACCCAGAACUCAAGACUUGUAGGCCGGGAUUGUUAAUUUAUAAAGCAAAUUAUUGUUUCUUUAUUUUCCAGAAAAUAUGCAAGUAAGUAAGUAAGUAUUUUAAUGUAGAAAUUUGCUUUGGGCAAACAGAGAGCAUCGGCGACGCAUACAUAAAGAUUUUACAUACGUAAAAACGUAAAACAUGUAACACAUUGCAUUACCCAAACACAUGGCCUCACCCCCACCUUGAAACCCAUUAUAAAAAACGUAGUCUAGGAACUACCCAAGUAUCCAUAAGGAUGAUUGCACUGCCCACUAGUUAUUGCCCCACCAGUUAUUGCACUGUUCCAUCCCGGAAAGCUCCCUCCAGCUUAGUUUAUAAAGUAGCUUAAUUCAUAGCAUAACUAGAGAGAACUUUAAUCUAUUUAACCUACAAAAUGGGAGCCGGUAUCUUUUGCCCAGAGGCAACAGUUCAUACUCCAAGUUUAGGACAUGGGUUGGGUCAGUGUCUAUCUUAGACCCUUGCUUCCUAACCUUGUCCUCAAAAAUCUCCUUUAAGUGGACAUUUAUUAGAAUUAGCCAUUUUAUCCCGAUCACCCUUGAAACAUACAGGAAUCUGGUGGUGCCACACCUAGUUUCCCAAAUCGUCAUUUGACAUCCCUUCUGACCUCAUACAUUUAUUUAUGGUAACCGAUAUUUUUAUAUAGCACACGUGCGUCUCUGUUCAGAUGGGGAGGUGCAAAGUGUCCCUGUACGAUGGCAUCUCUGUUUGGAGUGAAAAGUCUAAGCCUUGCUAUUGAAAUCCUGUCAGAAAUUGCCCCUCUGGCCUAGCACAAGGGCUUAUCACUCCUAAAUUGAUUAAAGUUUUCCGCCUUCAAACAAGCGCAUUGACAUUGGAAAAAAAAUCUUAGAUUGGGAUGAGAGCAAAUUGCCUAUAGGGCAUCAGCAGGGGUAUUGCAAGGUUAAUAUGAGGAGAGCAACAGAAGCUGAAUAAAAGGUGAUAACCAAAAAACUGCCAUUCAGUAACCAAGUCAGGGCCAGUUGUUUUAUUUGUUACUCCACAAUCAUAAAAGUAUGAGAGCAGUUAAAUGUAAUGGUAAAGAGCUGGUACAUGUAACUCCAAUGAAUGUGCAAGAACACUUAAUCUAAAAUUGGGAAAGCAUGAAUACAACAAACAAAGACUAAUAAUAAAUAAGAAUAUACACAACAAAACGGAAAAUAUAAUUAGUGUGACCUUAUAUAUAAGAAACAAUAUAUUGUUGCAUCAGUUGUAUCAAUAACUUUCUAGCCCUAUAUUUUGACUUGUUUCUAAUCAUAUUUCAGCCAGACAAAGGCUGAAAUAACAAACAUAUACCCCGAUAUCACAUUGUUGAAUGUACUGCACGGCAGCAUGGUUAGUCAAAAGUCUUUACUUUUCUGAAAUCUCUUUGAGAUUUUAGUUUCCCCUCCUAAUAUAGGCUACCAAGCUAAAUCAUUCUAAUUUAUUUUAAUGGCUCUGGAAGAUAUUACUGCGAAUUACGCUAUUGGUCUAAAUAUUCUACUGUUCAAAACAAAAAACAAACAAGGAAACAUGGUAAAGCAAGAGAUGGAUGCAAUGCAUUUAAAUCCAACCCAAAGAUGCAUCUUGCUGUACUUUUUGGGUCAGGGGGUUGGUCCACAUUUUCUGGAGCAAGGCAUAAAAGUGAUGCUCCUAUUCCCAUUGUACUCUGCUAUGCAAGCCUGCAGAGAUUCGGAAAGCCAAGGCGGGCGGUGGGGGGGGGGGGGGAGGAUUGCGCUGGUCUGGAGUGGAAGGGACAGAAGGAGUCCAAAUAGGAGGAGAGCAAAGAGUCAAAGGCUUCUUCGGUGGACAUUGUAUUGUUCUCGAGAUGGUAGUGAAGACCGGACAGUUGAGGUGAAAGUAGAGAGAGAAAGAAGGAGACAUCAGUUUAGUACAGAGGAGGGAAAGGGAGGACUUCGCUUCCCUUGCCUCUCACCCCCAGGUCUGGCGCAAGUGAUUAUCACUCCAGUAGAGACGACUCAGCCUUAAUUCUCAGCCAUCAAACAAGUUCAUUGACUUUUGGACUUAAAAUCAAAUAUUGGGACUUCAGCAGGAGCUAUCAUAAGGGUAAAUACUGCAUAUUAUGAGGUACUGUUUGCAAAGCAACAGCCAAUGAAUAAAAGGCAAUACAAAAGACGAAAUAAUAGUAAAAAAAUAUCUAUAUAUUGAAAUACUGUGAACUAGUAUGUGAAACUACGUGUUUGUUUAUUGUGUACAUCUGUUGUAAAUGUCUCUCUUACAUUUAUUUACCCCCAACCGUCUGUGACUCUCAAGUCCUAUAUUUUCAACUGUUUCCAUCAGACAAAGGCUGGUUGUCUAAGCUAGAUAACACAUUUUACAAAACAUGAAAAUGUUAAAUAAAUGAAAAUGAUUAGUCAAAAGUCUUUACCUUUCUGAAAUCUCUUCUAGAUAAUUUAGUUUCCCCUUUCCCGAGUACACGCUACAGAGUUAAAAUAUUCUUAUUAAUUCUACUGGCUUUGGAGGGCUGAUAAUAAUUACACUACUGGUUAUUAAAGAUCUCAUCGCAUGAAAAUUUCACUUCCUGAGGUUUUCUAACAUUAAUAUGCCUUUGGGGUAAACUCGUCUGGGGAAAGCUCAAUGUGCGACUGGCUCGUAGUGGCUGUAAUUCUGCACCACGGCUGAAUUUCGGGAACGUCUUGAAAUACUGUGUUUGGGGCCCACUAAUAUCUAUAUUAAAGCAUCCAUAAAGUAGCAUGCCAUGGGACCUUUAAGCAUAGGUAGGUAGGCUACGGAUUAAUACAAAAACAAACAAAUAAACAUGGUAAAUAAUGGGACCUUCAUGCAAUGCACUCAAAUCCAACCCAAAGUUGCAUGCUGCUCUACUUUUUGGGCCAGCGGGUUGGUCCACAUUUUUUUGAGCAAGGCACAAAAGUGUGUUUGUUGCUCCUACUUGGCAGGGUCCUGUCUACACAUUGGACUGAGUCAGUGUUAGGAGGACAUUCAGUCAUGUCUGAGGUGCGAGGUGGUGUUCUGCUGCUGCUGUUGGGCCUUCUGUACCUCGGGACACUUUGGCCGAUCCAGGGAGCCCUGCUGGUCUCUCGCUACGAUGCUACGACGAAG